AUGUUCGCUGUAAAAUGGUUGCAAAAAAACAAUGAAUCUACACUAAUUGGUCUGGAGACCUAUAAUCCCUCAAUUCUUAAGGAAAUUAUAGACGAGAUAGACUCGAAAUAUUUUUAUGCUGCAAUCGAUUGUAGUGAGUAUGAAAUGCAGACGGCGCUGACAGAACGAAUUCAUCUACUCGAAAAACAAAAUGACGCCGUUUGUCGACAGCUCUCACAUCUUAUCCUUGAAAAACAGCCUCAUUACCAAAGGGAACUUGCAAAAGUUCUUGAACUUCAGGAAAUCAAUGGCACUGCUUAUGAAGAAUGCAUUGAAGCUAGACGCUCUUUGGAAACUCUCAUGCGUUGCAUCGUUGAACCACGAGCCAUUGUGAUUCGCAAUAGUAGGAGACGACUGCGUUUAAAGAGCGUUCUCGAAACUCUUAAGAAGAUUCAAGCCUUACAGAACAGUGUCAAGAAUGUACAUAGAUUAAUUUCGAAUCACAAAUUCUGUGAGGCUAUUUCUAUGCACCGGAAAAUUUGUCAGCUCACUGAUGACUUCAAAACUUUCAAUUGUGCCGAGUCUUUGCAGCAAUCUCUUCGAGCUGUUAAUGUGAAGAUCGACGACACUCUUGACAACGUUCUGGCUGAGAGCUGUGAAAAUUUUAAUCCCGGAUCCUACUCUCUUAUUCAAAAGGCCUAUGAGCGUCUUGGAAGCACAAUGACAAUUGUGGCACAACUUCAACUGCACUACACUGCGAAAAUCCACGAGAGAGCGGCCAAAGUUGUUGUGGAAUUCACUGGAACCAGUUAUUCAGAAGAUCACAAAAAUAUUACUGAGUUCGAACGCCUAUGUGAAAGUCUUCCAGUUAAUUCGUUAGUCCGGGUUCUCUCCAAAUUAGCCAAAGCGCUUUGGUCCAUCCUUGUUUGCUAUCAUAGAACAGCACUCUGGCACGAAUGUGCAGCUAAAAGUGUGAAGGAUGAUACCAGAGAUACCGAUUCUGCCAUUAAUAACGAUCAAGAUCUUGAGAGUGAGUUGGAAGUGAUCCAUGGUCCUGAGAUGGUGCGACAGUGGCAUGGAUAUGUCGCCUCGAAAUUAUCUCCUAAUCGAGGUCGAGUGUGGAUGGAUGUGGUGUCCAGAGUGAAACCCCUUCUCUCUUCCAUUGCAAACAACGCCAAACAGCUUGGAUUCGAGGAGAUUGUGGCUACCCUGAACAUUGUCAAUUUACUCGUUCGAGUUGGCAAAGAAUUCGCCGGCCACAUGUCAUUCGAUCUCCUCGAAGUUCUGAAAAAUUCGAUUCGUGGUUUCUUCGGUGAAUUCCAUCGAAAACACAUGGAGCGUCUUUGCCUCUUCUUGGAUCACGAGAGUUGGGAAUAUGUUCCUGUGCGGCAUGGUUUUUCUCUUCGCGAUUUACACGAAUUCAAUCCUUUGGCUGAAAUCUUUGAGCAAAGUGAAGAAAAGCCUAACGCCACCGAUUCCAGUACAUCGGAGCCUGUAUCUCCAAACCGCGAAAAGAUUUUCAUAGAGCCCUAUGAAUGCAAAUUCUUUGAUCUGGAUCUUCGUCCCUCUGAGGAGACGGAGGUGAAAAACGUGGAAGGAUCCACAUCUCUUUCUCCCCAGGCUACUGUUAACGGUGUUGAUAAUGAUAAACAGGAUCGUUCGUCGCAUAACACUGCUUCAAAUAAUCCCAUCCUUGCAAGCACAACAAUUGAAGUUUUACGUCUACUAGGUCGUUACAUUCAAAUGAUGAGGCUCCUGCGUCCCAUUGCCAGUGAUGUUAUGCACAGCAUUGGCCAAAUAUUCGAUUACUACCUCUAUGUGGUCUACUGCCUAUUUGGAAGGUCUCUCGCUUCUAAGGAGGAAACAAACCAACUACCUGAACAUCUGCGAAAAACUCUCACACGAAUAUCUACCCGAUUAAUAGCUUCAGCAGGCCAUCCCUCUGUCGAAAAUGGCAGUCGUUUUGUCGCUCCUGAUUGCAUUAUUCCGAGUUCUUCUAAAGCCCAAGAUGUUUCAACCACAACUUCCCUCCAAUUGGCAACUAUGGAUGAUAUCAACAGUUGCCUAAGGCGACAUAUUGUGGGAGUCGAAUCCUUGGUAUAUUUGGCUAGCGUUCUUGAAAAGGAUUUACUUCCGCAUAUUCGAGAAUGUCUGCCUGAGAGCAAACGGGGACUUUUGGGCGCCUUCAGAGAUCAAUCGCUUGUCACUACGCUUGAAGUUCGUGAGACAACUGCACGUUUCCUUGCCUCUCGUGUUCUGACACAACUUUUUGCUCUCCAGGGUCACAACAAACAGGACACUAAAAUCGAUUCAGCCCACCUUCUGCGUCAGAUGAUAUCGACCAACCCUGGCUGGACAUCAAAAAUUGUCGCGACAGAACCCAGUGCCUAUCUACAAUCAGUCAAUGCUGUCAUAUUAAGAUUCUCCUCUAUAAUAAGGUCCUGUUCGGAACCCUGUCCACCACAGCAAGCUGUUAAAUCUCUCUGGAUGGGUGCCAUGGCUUUUAUUUCUGCUGAAUUCUUGGAAGGUUUGGCAGGAGUGAAUGAUUGUACAGAAGAGGGGAGGAGUCAAAUGCUUCUGGAUGUUCAAUCAACUGCACUGCUCUGUGAGACGGAGUCCCGUAUCAGGCAGUUUGUGAACUUGAACCUUCUGGUGGAUUACAUCCAAGCCUACUUUGUUCCAACUCGAGAUUUCGCAAAUUGGUUGGAGACUACAGGAGUUAAUAGAUAUACUCAGAAGCAGAGUCAGGGCCUGGCGAAUUGUCUAGCCCGCGGGGAUAAAAAUAUACGACAGAGGCUUCUGGCCACAGUGACCUCGGCAUAUGCCAGGUACUACCAACAGACGUCUGCCCUUCCACCUGGUGCAAGUACAAAUGGAAUCGAUUUGCAUGCAUAA